AAUACAAUGGCUUCAAUAAUAAUUCCAAAGGAUUUCUCCUUCUCAUCAACCGGCACCAUCUGGAAAACCCUAAUCACCCUCGGCAUAAUCCUCUACCUCCUCCUCCUCCCACUACUCAUCGCCACCCACAACCCCACCCUCACCCUCCUCCGCUGGUCCACCCCUCCACCCUCACCCUCCUCCACCACCACCACCGGCACAAACCUCACCCACAUCGCUUUCGGCCUAAUGGGCUCCGUCCACACAUUGGGCCACCGCCGGGCCUACCUCGAAUCCUGGUGGCGGCCCAACAUCACCCGCGGCUACGUCUACCUGGACCGCCCCCCACCCCCCAACCUCCUCCCUUGGCCCAACACCGCCCCUCCAUACCGGGUCGUGGACAACCUCACGGACUACUACAAUCGGGCCCAUCCCCGGCGCCCUUCGAUGACACGCAUGGUCCACGGCAUAUUAGAGCUCUUUCGGGAGGAGCACGAGAACGUGAGGUGGGUCGUCAUGGGGGAUGAUGACUCGAUUUUCUUCGUGGAUAAUAUAGCCGACGUGCUGGCAGAGUACGACCAUAACAAGUAUUAUUAUCUCGGGGGGCACUCGGAGACCGUGAUCUCGAACCAUUGGUUCUCGUUCGAUCAGGCGUUUGGGGGAGCAGGGAUUGUGAUGAGCUAUCCGCUGGCCGAGGCUCUGGUGAGGGACAUGGACGGAUGUUUGGACCGCUACGCGAGUAGCUCGUCGGCAGAUUUGAUCACCAUGACUUGCAUUGCGGAUAUCGGGGUCAACCUCACCCCACACAAGGGGAUCCAUCAGGUGGAUUUGCACGGUGACUUUUCGGGUUACCUAUCAGCCCACCCAAAAAUGCCCCUGAUGACUUUCCACCACUUUGACUCCAUGGACCCCAUCUUCCCCAAAAUGAACCGUUUCCAAUCCACGCGCCACCUCAUGACGGCGGCCGACGCCGACCAAUCGCGCCUCCUCCAGCAGACCAUCUGCUACCACCGUCACCUCAACUGGUCCUUCUCAAUCUCCUGGGGCUACUCCGCCCAAAUCUACGAGAACCUCUUCCCACGGAGCUACCUUCAGAUUCCCAUCGAGACUUUCAGGCCGUGGGCCAAAAGAAACCCAAAGCCCCCCUUUUACAUGUUCAACACGCGCCCAAGGGCCAGUGACUCUUGUCUGACCCCUCACUGGUUCUUUCUCGACUCCAUCUACAAAAACGUGAGAGGCGAUGAGAUUGUCACCAGCUACGUGAGGGCUCGGCCAAGGGGCCUGCAGCCUUGUCCAGUCGGCGGCAAUCACUCGGCUGAUUCUGUUACCAGCAUCCGAGUCGUUUCGCCUGCCUUAAAGCGUCUUCAGACGGAUAGAUGCGAAUGCUGUGACAUCUUGGGCGUGGACGGUGGCAAGGCGGAGGUUAAAUUCAGGGAGUGUAAGCGAGAUGAGAUCAUUGCUUAGGUUUCAUAUUGUGGAAGCACCGAGCAUGCACACCUAUAGUUUCCUGUUUUUACAUUUUAUGUAUAUCAACGGAUUUUUCUAUUUUCCGUUGCCUAUUUUUUUAGUAUACUUGGAUUUAUUAAAUACUCCUUGCUGUUUUUUUGUUGCCUAUUAUAAA